AUGAAGGGUGCAAGUGAAACAGGCGCUUCCGCGGAAGCGCCGAGUGGCAGCAAAGUAACCUUCCGUGUCAUCCUCACCUCUGAGCGCAGCCAGCCGUUCCGUGUGAUCAGCAUUGCCGAGGAGGCCCCUCUCACGGCGGUAUUGCGCUUUGCCGCCGAGGAGUUCGGCAUUGCUUCCGUCGACUCCAUGGCUGCGACCACCAAGGACGGCACAGGGAUUCACCCCGCGCAGACGGCCGGUACGGUGUUCAUGAAAUAUGGCCAGGAGAUCCGGCUGAUUCCGCGCGAUCGUGUCGGUGCCACCCUUGUGUCCGUCUCCUGA